UGUCUAUUUUUAGUCUGUGUUCAACCUUUUAACGAGUGCGGAGUGACAAUAAUGUCGUUAUUCUAAAAGAAAAAGCACCUCCAAUGUCAAACGAAUAAAUUGCGUAGUGCCAUAUUAGUUUUAUUUUGUGUUAUUUAUAUGUUAUUUUCAUUAUUUUCGUUAUGUUAUAUUACUAAAACAACUAGUUCAUGAUGUGGAGAUACCAAGCUACGUUCGUGACUAUACUCUGUGUGGUUUCUGCUUUAAACCUGGAUCCUGCGUAUACCAAAGAUGACAAUAACGUGACGAAUACUAAGUGCGUGACAAAGGACAAUGAGCCAGGAGUAUGUGUGGUUUACUAUUUAUGCAAUGACAACGGCACAUUGAACACUGACGGCGCUGGCAUUAUAGAUAUACGGAUAAGUGAGAGCGCCUGCCCGUCGUAUUUGGACGUGUGCUGUCGAACUUCUCGUGUGAGAGACAGCGACGAUCCUAUCACUCCCAGGCCUGAAAUAAAAAAAGGCUGCGGUUGGCGGAACCCAAACGGGGUCGGUUUCGUGUCGACCGGUGACCCGAACGGGGAUUACUCGAAGUUCGGCGAGUUCCCCUGGAUGGUAGCUGUUUUAAGACAAGAGCCAGUGAACGAAAACGACUCCAACUCGCAGCUAUUCGAUUACUACAUAGGCGGCGGUUCUCUCAUCCACCCUAGUGUUGUGCUAACCGUUGCGCACAUCGUGUACGAGGCACACCACUACCGCGCCAGGGCCGGCGAGUGGGACACGCAGACCACGAAGGAGAUCUACCCCUUCCAGGAGAGGAGGGUCGAUGCGGUCCUGGUGCAUGAGGAGUUUCAAAUACGUAACCUUAUAAACGACGUGGCGCUGUUGAUGCUUGCGUCCCCAAUGACAACGGCCCCAAACGUGGGGUUCGCGUGUUUGCCCCCGAGGGGGUACGUCCCCGCUGGGGGGACUCCCUGCUUAGCGUCCGGGUGGGGCAAGAACGAGUUUGGGGAAAAGGGACGGUAUCAGGUUAUAAUGAAAAAGGUUGAAAUACCGAUUGUAGAAAGGAACCAAUGCCAAGAACGACUCAGGCGCACGAGACUAGGGAAGUUUUUCAAACUGAACCAGACUUUCUUGUGCGCGGGGGGAGAGCUGGGGAAGGACACGUGUAAGGGGGAUGGGGGUUCGCCGCUCGUGUGCCCUGUACAGAAUCAAGAAAACCGGUAUUUAGAAACCGGUAUGGUCUCGUGGGGUAUCGGUUGUGGAAAGGAUGGCACACCCGGGGUUUAUGUGAAUGUAGCUGUGUUCAGAGACUGGAUAGAUAGAAAUAUGGUACAGAAUGGAUAUGAUACUGCGUCGUAUUCAUUGAACUAAUUGUGAUUUAAUAAAUUAAUUUUAUAAAAUA